UUGUAUGUAAGCUGUUUAGUAAUAAAUAUGAAAUGAAAGUUUUAUCAGAUUAUCUGACAUCUUGCAAUGAAAUAUGUCCAAUAGCUGAGCUUUCUGUGGGAGAGCUGAUCGAGAGAGCGAACACUAACCUCCGCCGUAGUGCUGAUGAACCUGAGCUGGUUGAAUUAGACAUCGCUGUGCCUAAAGACUCAGAGAGAAAUGCUGACCCCUGCACGUCUUCAGGCUGCAUGUGGCCAAAGUCUAGUGAUGGAAAAGUCUACGUGCCCUACGUCAUCCUCAACCACUACUCGAGCAGCGAGCUUCAGGUUAUUCAGCGUGGUCUGGACUCCUUCUCCUCCUUCUCCUGCAUCCGCUUCAUACGCCGCUCUAGCCAGAGAGACUACCUCAGCAUCGAGUCUCGCAACGGAUGCUACUCGUACGUCGGACGUCGUGGUUACGGACAGACGGUGUCUCUGGCCCGCAGUGGGUGUGUCUAUCACAAGACCGUCCAGCACGAGCUUCUCCACGCCCUGGGCUUCAACCAUGAACAAACCCGCAGCGAUCGUGACAGCUACAUCCGUGUCGGCUGGGAGAACAUCCAGAGCGGCAUGGAGCACAACUUCAACAAGAUUGCCACCCUGAACCAGGGAACUCCGUACGACUACAACUCCGUCAUGCAGUACCACAGAACUGCUUUCUCUAAGAAUGGCCAGCCCACCAUGAUCCCCAUCCCCAACCCCAAUGUGCCCUUUGGCCAGGCCACUCAGAUGAGCCAACACGACAUCACCAGGCUCAACAAUCUCUAUAAAUGCUAGACGGAUGAAGAGAUGCGAUCCUGGAGGCAACUAUAACAAAUGUUUCAUAUUAAGGAAUAAUAAUAAUAAAAUCUAUUACUUCAGAUGA